AUGAGGCCAAAAGCAGUGUGGGAGCCUGAAUACCACAGAGUAUUUCUUGAUCUGUGCGUGGAGCAGACGUUGGUAGGGAACAAACCAGGGACACAUUUCUCGAAAGAAGGUUGGAGGAAUAUACUCAAGUCGUUUCAGGAGCAGACAGGCGCCAUGUACGACAGGAUGCAGCUUAAGAACCAUUGGGAUACAAUGAGCAGGCAGUGGAAGAUAUGGUGCAGACUUGUUCAGUCUAGUUAUAUGAACUGGGAUCCUGAUACCAACACUUUUGGUGCCGGUGACGAAGAAUGGGCACACUAUUUACAGGAGAAUCCUGAUGCAGGGCAGUAUCGGUUGAGUGUUCCGCAAGAUCUCGAGAAGCUGGAGAUUAUCUUUGCGGGUUGUAAUGUAGAGGUCAAAGAUGAUGAAGUUUCGGGUGUAAGGAAGAGGGGGAGAAGUUUUCAAGAUGUAGAAGAAGAAGAAGAUGAAGAUAACCGAAGCAUGUGUAGUUCGUCUAACCCUCAAACGAAAGGAUAUUGGUCUCCGUCUACGCAUGAGCUGUUUCUUGAUUUGUUGGUCCAAGAGACUUUGAAAGGAAACAGACCCGACACACAUUUCAACAAGGAAGGGUGGAAGACGAUUCUUGAGACGAUCAAUGAAAAAACAGGCCUUGGCUAUACAAGAGCGCAGCUGAAAAACCAUUGGGACUGCACGAGGAAAACUUGGAAGAUAUGGUGUCAGCUCGUAGGAACAAACAUCAUGAAAUGGGAUCCGGAAACUGGUAGUUUCGGUGCGACAGAAGAGGAAUGGCGAAUCUAUAUUCGGGAAAACCCAAGAGCAGGACAGUUCCGCCACAAGGAAGUUCCUCAUGCUGAUAAACUCUCCGUCAUCUUCAGUGGAGUUAUAGAACCUGGAGAGACAUACACUCCUCCUUCUCGCAAGAAACCCCUCCGCGAUCGUUCUGAGUCACCGCAUUUGCAGCAAUAUGAAGCGAAUUGGAUAGACAACAAAGCCGCUCAACAGCUGGAUGUUGUCAAGUUUAUGAGCAGCGACGGGAUGUUGCAGGAGAGUCCGGUAUGCGUGGAGAUAGAAUCGGCGAAGCGCAAGUACUGUAUUGGAGAAUGCAUAGAAAGCCUCGACGCGAUGAAAGAGGUGGAAGAAGGGAGUGAUCUCUACUUGUUUGCGUUGGAUCAGUUUCUGAAGAGAGAGUACAGAGAGAUCUUCUUAGAGCUGAAGAAGCCCAGUUUGAGGAUAGCGUGGCUGCAGAGACUUCAAUCUGCUGCGCGUUCUAUUACUACAAGUUAG